ACAUAUGACAUGGCUCUCUUUGCUCUCUCCAUCUUCAUGUCCUUUAGUUCCACUGGAUGACUUGGAGAUGCCCUUCUGCUGCUUUGUUCCAUAAGCUAAAGUUAAAAGCUAGAAGGCCAACUGUCUAUCCAUUCUUCACAAAAUUCUUACGGACAAUGACCUACGAAUUAUGAAGUCCGGAGACAAAAAUAAAGAGAGAGAUGGACUCUGCUGUUCAUCAACAGUCAGUACGGAGAGAAUGAUGGUUUCAUUUAAUCACGAGAAAAAAAGAUAUUCAAUAUCCAUGCUUCACCAACCUUGGCUGUGUAUACGUUUCUAGCUUCAGAACAAUGACCUACAAAUGCCAUAUAAUCAUCAACAGCCAGUUUCAUGAAUGCAAGAAGGUCCGGUAUGUCCUAUGCGGUUCAUGGAAGAAAAGGAAAAGAGAGAUCGAGGCAACAUGAUGCAUCCACAGUCGGUCUCAAGAGAAUGAUAUGAUUGCAUCAGCUACUGUGAAGCGGAAAAUUUUCAAGCUUCAUGCAUGCUUCAAGAAAGUGCCGCUACCAUGGGGAACAUAGCGAAAACGAAGGAGGGUUUGACGAGUGUGAUGAGUUAUCAUUUCAUUCAGCAUCAGCUUCUUCUCAAGGAAGUCGAUCAUGCUGUGCUGGAGCACCAUGUAGUUGCUACCAAACUAAUUCCUCGGACAAACAAGAGCUGACAGCAUUAGAAGUUUCGAGUCCGCAAGAUUGAGCGCAAAUGGUUUGUGUGAUUGGUGCUCCGCUGGUUCUCCGGACAAAGACCAAAGCGUGGCACAAGAUGAUCAAAGGAGUGAUUCUUUCAUGCACUCCAUGGCUACCAAACAGAGAAAAUGGUGAAGGUGAAGAGUCCUCCGAUGAUCCAUUUGCAGCAAAAACCAGUGAUAGAAGUGGGGUUUGGCUUCAAUGAAGCAUGACCUAGCUAUUGGACCUUUUCUUUGUAGUGGCACUCUGUGUCUUGAAAGGACCGGUCCACUAACCAAGUGGAAGAUAAGGAAGGCAAGAACAGGAUUUCAGCUGUUUGGUGUGGCCACCAUUCUCAGAUCUUCUUCUUGUCCUUCAUGUAAGUACAGCUAAUCACCUUCAAAUGACUAUAUAUAAAUACACCACCGAGAGCUUCAACUUACCACAACUCUUCAUCUUCAAAUAAUUAUAUGUAUGGAGAAUCACUUGAAGUCUCAAAUAGCAAAGAUAGUGCUCCUCCUCCUCGUACUCCUCUUCAUUCCUCUUGUGCCUGCAUCCAUAAGGCCUUGCUACCUCUUCUUUCUCCUCAACAUCCUUAUCCUUGCUCUGGGCGUCGAGGCCGGCUUCCUUCAAAUGAUUUCUGACCCUCACGACGAGAAGAACAUAACGACGUCCAUUGCUACUCCUCUGACCAUAGCAGAUAUGCUUGAUUGUGCCUUCCAUGAAGGGACACUGCAUCCGUUGAAGGACUCCGAUGGAGAGGACGGAGACGAAGAAGAAGAAGAGGAGGAGGAGAAGUGGGAAGACAUUGGAGAGCUCAGCACGCAGGAGCUGUUCACAAAGUGUGAGGCAUUCAUUGGCAACUUCUACAAGCAGCUGAGGACGCAAAGGGAGCAGUCGUGGAGGAAGAAGAUUCAUGACCUCAGAGCCUUCUGACGUUGA